UCAGACAUCGAAAAUUAAAAUAAAACGCAAUUUAACUAUACAAGAGAUUGAAAAAAUGUAUGAAAAUGUUGUAAUAGUCAAAUUCUCGGGUCUGGGGAGACAUUAAAACUCGCCCUCGUUUGGGGUGGUGUAGUUUGUAAUAACGCAGAAAGGUAUCAGGCAGCACUGGGUUGCGCGCCAAAUCAAACAAACCAUUUCUCAACACAUAUACACUUCACGGUGACUUCGCUUUAAGCAUGCGAUCAAAGUUUGCAGGAAUAGAAUAUCUGGAAUAUGGCAAGUUGUAAAGAUAAAAAACUCCGAGUGAGGCUUCGUUUCGAUAUUGCACCACCUUCUUGCCCGUCAUGCAAAUGUUUUAUGUUCUUGGUUGACCGAGACGCUGCACGUUAUGUCUCUGACGUGGAACAUACAAUUGCGAAAAAAUUUGGCUUCUCCAGUCCUCGGUAUCUUGUUUUAUCGAUAAACGAUUUCGUGCUACUGUCAAGCGACGACGUAGAAGUGAUUAGGGAUGAUGAUGAUAUUCAAGUAAAAAUUGAUCACGCAUUAAAGGACGACGAGCAAAAUACAAACGCAGAUGUUGUUGCAGUAAAAACGAAAAGCAAAAAGCGUAUUUGUGAAGAUAGCAAUGAAAGACCUUCAAAAAAAGUGAAAAAGAUUGAACAAACCAAAUUGAAUAAAAGGAGUAAAAUUGUUGAGCAGCGGAAAAGAGUUGUGAGAAAAAAGAAACCUAAAAUAUUAAAGAAAAUAGGCCCAACUCCUAAAUCUGUAGAGAGUCGUCCAUCCAAGCUUAAAACUCCAUCAGUCCAAAGCAGUGAGUCAUCAAGUAGUGAUUAUUCUGAAGACAUGCUACUUAAACCACAUAGUCUGAUUAAAAGACAAAUAAACCAAAGUUCGUCUUCAUCAACAGAUUCCAGUGACGAAAAAACAAAAAACAUUUCAAAAACAAACAAACUUUCAAAACCUGCAGCAAAAUUUAACCUUUAUUCUUCUGUAUUAAAAACUAAACCUAAAACCCAAUCCUUGUUCAACAAAAAUACCAGCAGCAGCAGUGAGGAUACUAGUAGUUCAGACAGUGAUGAUGUACCCAAUGCUAAGCCCCAACCCCCUAAAACAACCCCUGCGAAAUCAAAUAAUGUUGUAACUAAACAAGUUCAAGCACCAUCCUCAGAUUCAAGCAGUGAUUCAGAUUCAGAAUCAGACACAUUGUCUGUAACUGCAGUAAAGUCGAACCUGUCAUUUACUGUAUCGAAAUUAAACCCUAAAACUCAACCACCAAUUAGUAGUAGUAGUGAUGAUGAUAGCACCUCAGACAGUGAUAACGAGCCUAUCAUUGCUACCCAUAAAUCAACGAUACCAGCCGCUUUAAAACCAAAUGUUGUGGUUAGGCAGGGUGAAACCAGUUCUUCAGAUGAUGAUUCUGAUUCAGGAGAAGAAAAAAAAGUUCUUCAAAGUUGUAAAAAUAAUGCUGAUAAUAAAGUUUUACCUUCACAAAAGAAUUUAAUAAACAAAAGUUGGGAAAACCGGGAAAAACUAAAUGCAAUGAGGGCGUAUCCAAAUUACCAUAACAAGUCUGUUGUACUAACAUGCAGUGGUAAUGUAAAUGACAAAGAAAUAGCAAUGGAAACUGAAAGUAAACCUGCAGAUGCAAUUGCAAAGCCUCUGGUUAAUGACUACAGUACUUUAAUGAGUUUAUCAUGGCCUCCAAGGGUAAAGGAUAAGAUUGCAUAUCAAGCACUAGAAAUGUCACCCAUAGAUUACACACCUAAUGUAUCCGAAUACAAAGAAGCUGAAGUUGUAAAUGUUUCCAAUGAUAAACAAAUCACUGUUAAGAUUCUUUACCAAGAAAAAGCUCCCGCAAAUUUAGAAGUCCCAGGAAGAUUCGAGCUUGUUUACGAAGAAGAAGAGCACAGUGAGGAUCAAUCUGAAGAUGACACCAUUACACUUGAUUGGACAUCUUUAAUGAAUGUCAAGCUUAUACAGUGAUUCUCACAAAAACCCAUACACAAAUAAAAUAUUUCUCUUUAACGCUUUUUUCGUCAUUUUUAAACAGUGUCGCUUUUGAUGAAUCUGUGUGUAUUGCUUUAUCUGCCCAAUUUUAAAAUCAUGUUUUUUCAGA